AUGAACUCCGAUCAACACAACGCGUUCCUCGUGCAGAACGGAGCACGCUCAAAAUUGGACCUCCCAGCCCUGAUCUGGUCAUGGCCGCUCGUUCACUCAGCACAAAUCCAAGCCGACAACUUUUUCGACCGUCGACGCUUCACCUUCGAAGACCCAGUCGAGUGCAUCGCCUCCUACACCGGAGUCAGGCUACGUCAGCCUCUCACAGAGACGAGUCGGCUCUGGACGGAGGGGCAUUUGGAUGUACGCGAUGAGAGAGGCGGCAGUCACUGUGACGAGCCGAGUGGGCGUGUGAGGAUGUUAUGUCCGACUAUUUCGAGGGUCGGAUUGGCUUCGACGAGGCAAGGCGACCGGACGUAUGUGGUGGCACACUACCUCUGA